GGGAGCAGCUGGGGGCUGGCAGGAGCCCACAGCAUCCGCUGAGGCCCAGGCCUGGGCUGCCCCCAGGACUCCAGGCCUGGCAUGGUUCAGGAGCCCAUGGGAAACUGUGCCAAGCGGCCUCGACACCGGGGCCCUAAGGACCACUGGCAGUGGCCCAGCUCCCCCCCAGGGGGCUCCCGCCACAGCCCUGGCCCCGGCCCCGGCCCUGAGGAGCAGGGGGGCCCAGGGCCGGGCAUCCAGGGCUACUCGGUGCUCAACAGCCUGGUGGGGCCCGCCUGCAUCUUCCUGCGGCCCAGCAUCGCCGCCACCCAGCUCGACCGGGAGCUGCGGCCCGAGGAGAUCGAAGAGCUGCAGGUGGCCUUCCAGGAGUUUGACCGAGACCGGGACGGCUACAUCGGCUACCGGGAGCUGGGCGCCUGCAUGCGGACGCUGGGCUACAUGCCCACCGAGAUGGAGCUCAUUGAGAUUUCACAGCAAAUCAGUGGUGGAAAGGUGGACUUUGAAGACUUUGUGGAGCUGAUGGGCCCCAAGCUGCUGGCAGAGACGGCAGACAUGAUUGGCGUCAGGGAGCUACGGGACGCCUUUCGGGAGUUUGACACCAACGGGGACGGCUGCAUCAGCUUGGCUGAGCUGCGCGCAGCCCUCAAGGCCCUGCUGGGGGAGCGCCUCAGCCAGCGGGAGGUGGACGAGAUCCUCCAUGACAUUGACCUCAACGGGGACGGCCUGGUGGACUUUGAAGAGUUUGUGCGAAUGAUGUCUCGCUGA